CCAACGAGCAGAGACUGGUGAGCUGUUUCGAAAUGCCCUUCACCCAUGGGGAGGGCGACCUGCUCCAUCUUAACCAGGAACAGUUUGAUUUCAAUCUUCAAUUCGAAAGCCUCUUCUUCUCGAUCCUCCCCUCCAUCCUGUUCAUUCCAUCAUCGCUAUGGCGAGCUCAAUCGCAGAUACGAAAGCCCGUCGUGGUGAAGGCGCCUGUCCUGCAAUUCAUGAAAACAGGCGCCAUAAUUAUCUACGCCGGCUUAGAACUGACCCUUCUGAUACUGGCUGUGAUCGGGUCCUUCCAUGCCAGCCGCAUGUUUAUCGCGUCCUCCACCCUGCAGCUUGUAUCGGCCCUUUUCAUGCUGGCCGUAAGUGUCGUGGAUCACAGCCGCAGCCCUAGACCAUCGAUGCUGCUGAACAGCUACUUAUUUCUCACUCUUCUCCUCGAUAUCGCCCGAGCAAGGACUCUAUUCCUAUCCUCAGAUUUUAAUUCCGAAAUCGUAUACAGCAGUAUUUUCUGUGCAUCGGUCGGGCUGAAGACGACCAUAUUGUUAUUGGAGGCCUGCCAAAAGGCGAGAUGGCUAACCUGGGACGCAACAAAACACAGCCCCGAGGAGACGAGUGGGAUUUUCUCGCUCGGCGUCUUCCUCUGGCUGAAUAGGCUCUUCAUGGCUGGAUAUAAACAUGUCUUGACAAUGGACAGCCUCUACCCCCUCGACAGCACCUUCGACGCACAGGCCCUGCAUGAGAAAUUUGCGAAGAACAUGGACUACGCCCAGCUGAAGGGGGACCGGUUCGGUCUUCUGAAGGUGCUCGUACGGACAUUACAGGGGUCACUACUCCUGCCUAUUCUUCCGCGGGCGGCUUUGAUUGUCUUUUAUUUCUGCCGGCCCCUUUUCAUCGAGAGUCUCAUCACGCAUCUGUCUCGUUCAGAGCCAGAUCCAAACGCGGGAUAUGGGCUCAUCGGCGCUGCCGUAUUCAUCUACUCUGGGAUUGGGAUUUCGUAUGCAUUGUAUUGGUACUGCCAUCACCGACUGCGGACGAUGGUGCGCUCCAUCCUAGUCACCGAGACCUUCGCAGCCGCCACAAGAGUCCGACUGGGAUCGGGCGAUGAUAACGCUGCGCUGACCUUGAUGAGCACCGACAUGGAGCGCAUCAGAAUGGGUCUGCGCUUCGUGCACGAGACAUGGGCGAGCAUGAUUCAGGCCGGUCUCGCCGCUUGGAUGCUCUAUCGGCAACUCGGUGUCGUGCUAGUUGCCCCCGUAGGGGUGGUGGUGGUCUGCUUCGUUGGCUUGGGUAUCCUAGUCAACUUCACCGGCGACUCGCAGCGAGCCUGGAUGUCCGGGGUGCAGAAACGGGUCGGGCUGACAGCCACCGUCAUCGCCAGCAUGAAAUCCCUCAAAAUCUCGGGUCUAGCGGCCCCCGUGACCGAAUACGUGCAGCAGCUGCGCAGCGACGAACUCGCCGCUGGAGCCCGGUUCCGCAGGAUCAUGAUCAUCGCCGCCGUCUUCGCCUUCCUGCCGCAGUUGAUCAGCCCUCCGUUGACCUUCGCGUUUGCUCAGAGCCCGCUGAAUGCCUCGACCAUGUUUACCAGUCUUUCGUUCCUGACCCUGUUGACUCAACCACUGUCGCAGCUUUUCCAAUCCGUUCCGGAGCUCGUUUCGGGCUUGGCCUGCUUAGGUCGGAUUCAGGCAUUUUUGGAACUGGAGCCUCAUCAGGACUACCGGCAGCCUUUGGUAAGGAGCGAGAAGGGAUUAAACCGGUUGGUCCCGGACCCUGCGGACUGCAUCGUCAUCCAAGACGCGAACUUCGGGUGGAAAGCAGACAAGUUCGUCCUGCACAAUAUCAACACUCGAAUCCCCGCGUCGUCCCUGACGAUGGUCAUCGGCCCCGUCGGCUCAGGUAAAUCAACCUUCUGCAAAGCUCUCCUCGGUGAGAUUCCCUUCAGCGAAGGCAGCGUCGUGACGAGCACUUCCUUCCGUCACAUCGGCUUCUGCGAGCAAACCGCCUUUCUUUGGAACGGGACGGUCAAGGAAAACAUCGUUGGAUUCUCCCCCUUCGACCGCCAGCGAUAUGACCAGGUCAUUGAAGCCACUUCCCUGCGCUUUGACCUUGCAACCCUAUCUCAGGGAGACCAGACGAAAAUUGGGUCCGAUGGCGUGGCGCUUUCCGGAGGGCAGAAGCAGCGUCUGUCUCUUGCGCGGGCACUGUGCCUGCCUGCGGACUUGUUGAUCCUUGACGAUGUGUUUAGCGGGUUGGAUGCAGAUACCGAAGAACGAAGGGGGUCGACGGUGGUUCUGUGCACGCAUAGUGUUAGGCAUCUCCCAGCGGCGGAUUACAUCGUCGCGCUUGAACACAGCCGCGUUGCAGAGCAGGGCACUUUUGUCGAUCUGUCGACCCGUCCGGGAUAUGUUCAGCGUCUGGAGGUGGGACUCAAGCAGGAAGGCGAAAAUGCUGCGACUGAGCCUGGCCCUUCCCCGGGCCAGCAGGGCGAGACUGGCACCGGCGAGAAACUCGAACCAGCGAACGAUAUCAGCCCAAUGGCCCCAGCAGUGGCCGCAGCCCGGCAGGUCGGGGACACCACCGUCUAUAAGCUUUAUAUCAAGAGCAUGGGAUGGUUUGUGGCGGCUUGUAGUUUGUUCUUCGCGGCCCUCUGGGGUCUCUUCACCAACUAUCCAACCGUUUGGCUCACGUCCUGGAGCGACGCCACCGAGUCUGAGCAUCGCGCGCACUCCGACGCCUACUACGCCGGCAUCUACGCCCUCCUCCAGAUCUGCGCCAUCAUCGCCCUGCUCCUCCUAGGAAUCACGCUCUUCAUCGUCUCGGUGAAGAAAGCCGGCGCCAAUCUCCACCAGCAAGCCCUACACACCCUGAUUCGGGCACCACUCUCCUUCUUCGCCACCACCGACACCGGAGUCGUCACGAAUCUAUUCUCCCAGGAUCUCAAUCUGAUCGACACCGAACUCCCCGAGGCAACGCUCAACACCCUCUUCUGCGUAUUCCAGUCGAUCGGCCAGGCCGCCGUGAUGCUGACCUCCUCCGUCUACCUUGCAAUCAGCUACCCAAUCCUGGGUGUACUGCUAUACCUCGUGCAGAAGUACUACCUCCGCACGUCGCGGCAGCUGCGAUUACUCGACCUCGAGGCCAAAAGCCCCCUCUACACGCAUUUCCUAGAUACGCUCAAGGGCAUCGCCACUCUGAGAGCGUUCGGGUUCAUCCACGACGAUGUACAGAAGAACGCCCGACUGGUGGACUCCAGCCAACGCGCCGCGUAUCUCCUCCUCAUGAUCCAGGAAUGGCUGAAUCUGGUCCUGAACCUCGUCGUGAUGGUCAUUGCGGCCGUCUUGACGACGCUUGCUGUCCGUCUGAACUCCAGCUCGGCCUUCGCCGGUGCGUCGAUGUACUCGCUCAUGACCUUCGCGGAGAGUCUCUCCGGGAUUGUCAUCUACUACACGAGGCUGGAGACCUCGAUCGGCGCCAUCGCUCGACUGAAAACCUUCAACGAUACCGUCAUGCCCGAGGAUCACGGAGGUCCAGGGGAGGAGGACAUCACGCCGGAGGAGAGCUGGCCGCAUCACGGGCUGGUCGAGUUACGCGGCGUAUCUGCCCGGUACAGAUCCACUGAGCCUGCAUCUGACACCGACGCCGACUCUGAUUCCAUCUCCCCUCUGGCCCUCAAAAACAUUCGUCUCAUCAUCCAACCGGGCGAGAAGGUCGCCAUCUGCGGCCGCACGGGGAGCGGCAAAUCCAGCUUUCUCGCUCUCCUGCUGAAACUCCUGGAUCCGCUCCCCUCAUCACACAAUAGCAAUGAGCAAGACCAUAACGAAGAACCCCCGGUUAUAAUCGACAGCAUCCCCCUGCACCGCAUCCACCGCGCAACGCUCCGCCAACGCCUCAUCGCUGUGCCCCAGGACCCCGUCUUCCUCCCCGACGGCUCGUCCUUCCGCGCGAACCUCGACCCCUCUAACGCCGCCACCGCGGCAGAGUGCCAGAAAGUUCUCGAGGCCGUGCGUUUAUGGCCGUUCGUCCAGGACCACAAUGGUCUGCAGGCCCCGGUUCCGACGGGAACGUUUAGCGCCGGGCAGAGGCAGCUCUUCUCGUUGGGACGGGCGGUGCUGAGAGCGAUGAUCCGUCGGCGGUCAACUCCUUCCCUUCACCCUGACGGGUCCGUACGUGAAGAUCGAGGGGGCAUUCUCCUCCUAGACGAAGUAAGCUCCAGCGUAGACCGGGAGACCGAGCGGCUGAUGCAGGAGAUCAUCCGGGAAGAGUUCCGGCGGUAUACGAUCAUUGCGGUGAGGCAUCGGCUGGAGAUGAUUAUGGAUUUUGAUCGGGUGGUGGUGAUGGAUCGGGGGGAGGUGGUGGAGAUGGGGAAUCCGGGGGUCUUGAGAGGGUUAGAGGGGAGCCGGUUUGGCGAGUUGGUGGCCGCCGCUGGGGCGUAG